AGAAAAAAAGAUCAAGACAAUCCGAAAUGGCAAAUCGGACAUUGGUCAUAGAAGGAUUACCGAAAGACGUGACUAAAAAAAAGAUUUAUAAAAGAGCCAGGAAGUUUGGCGAUGUUGAGGACACAAUUUUUCCUAUUGAAGAAGGAAAAAACAUCGCACAUAUAACUUUCAAAACUGAAAAAGACGCAGCUGAAGGGUUGAAGCGCUUGGAUGGACAUGUGUUUCAUGGAUCAAAAAUGAAUGCAAAAUUGUUGGCUGAAAAAAAAGCAUCGGUUGACAAAAAAUGCCGAUUGAUCGUUCGCAAUAUUCCUUGGGAGUAUCAAGAACCAGAACUUUUAAAAAUUUUCUCUGUACAUGGAGAAGUAGUUGAAGUAAAUUUACCACGUAAACAUUCAAAUGGUCCCUUACGUGGAUUUGCUUAUAUACAAUAUAAAAAAGUUGAAGAGGCGGAAAGGGCAAUCAACGCAAUGAACGAAACCAUACAUCAUGGUCGGACUAUUGCUGUUGAUUGGUCAUUACCUAAGGAUAAGUAUUUGGAAGCUAUGAAAUCUCAACAAGACAAGCAAGAUUAUGAACAAAAAAAUAAUGAUUAUUAUAUCGAUUCCUGUACUGAGAGAUCUGAAGAGGAACCAGAGGAAUUGAGUGAAAAUGAAACGGAUGAAAGCGAACAUCACAAUAGUGACUCUUAUGAAAACAGCCUGAUGGAUAUUGAUGAAAGUGAAAUUGACAGUAUUGAAGACAGCAACAAAAAUAAAAAUUCAGUCAAAAACAAAAAUUGUGCACUAUCGGAAGAUGCAGUCUUAUUUAUCCGCAAUGUUUCCUUUGAAGCCACCGAAGACGAAUUGAGUGACAUAUUUCGUCCAUUUGGUCCGUUACGUUAUUGUGUAAUAACGAAGGAUGAUACAACAGGCCGUUCACGGGGCACUGGUUUUGUAUGUUUUGUAUACAAAAAGCACGCAGAUGCGUGCCUUGAAGAGGCGAAAAGCGUAAAUCACAUCGGAUCUGGUCCAACGGAACGGCCAGAAUCGUCAACCAAUGAAAAGAAGCGUAAAGGGAUAAUUUAUAAAUCAGUUCUCACAGCUGAUCCAUCAGACUCGCAAGCGCUCAAAUUUACAUUACAUGGUAGAGUUUUAUCAAUAGUCAAAGCAGUUGAUAGAGAUGAAGCUCAUAGAUUAACGGAAGAAAAUAAAAAUAAAAAGCAAAAAGAAGAUCGAAGAAAUACAUACUUGAUUAAAGAAGGAGUUGUAUUCCCAAAUACACCAGAUGCAGCAUUGCUAACACCUUCGGAAGUAGCUAAACGUGCAACAUCAUUUUCUAAUCGAAAGAAUUUGUUGGCAAAAAAUCCAAACCUCUUUAUAUCAAAAACUAGGUUGUCCUUGAGAAAUUUGCCACUUUCUGUAGAUGAAAAAAAAUUAAAAAACUUAGGCAAGGAAAGCAUUAAAAAGUUCAAAGAAGAAGUUAAAAAUGGUAAAAAAGCAGAUUUAACAAAAACAGAGAAAUCGGAAGGGUGGGACAAAUUAGUUCAUAUCAAACAGGCAAAAAUUGUUCGGUCUAAAGAUCGAAUUGAUUCUACAAUGCAAAAACUGCGAUCGAAAGGUUAUGGAUUUCUUGAAUACACACAACACUCACAUGCAUUAGCAGCAUUGAGAUAUCUUAACAAUAACCCAGAUAUAUUUGGUGAAAAGAGGAGGUUGGUUGUAGAAUUUGCAAUUGAAAACAGUAUUAUUCUUAAAAAACGGACUGGGUUAUCAAAAAAUAGAGACAGCAAUAUUAGAUGCAACAAAGUUGAUGAUAAUAAUAGUAAUGGUAUUGAAGUUACAAAAUCAAAUGGUAAUUCACAUUCAGAAAAGAUAUUCAGAGAUGAAAGUAACAAUAAUUUGAAGAGAAAGGUGGAGAUGGUUAAGUCUGAGGAUCAAACUAAAAAGAAAGUGAAAACUUUUCACAAGAAGUCGCAAUCCAGAGUUAAUAAAAAAAGCAAAAUAUAA